AUGUCCGGACUGACGUAUUUAACGUCAAUUGCUACGCGCGGAGUUCAGCAGGUGCUGCAGCUGGUUCAAACCUUAAAUUCAGAACACGACACCUUCAACUCAACUUACAACAUGGUGGUUGGCGGACAACGAGGAGGUAAAUGGAAAGCGAGGGCGACCAGACAAUAUCGGAUCAAGCAUGGCAUACCACCGCCGCCUCGUCCUGGACAGCAAGCUGUCCCCGAAGACGAUUGGGAAGGAUCGUCCGACGACGACGACGCCCCUAACGCGGAGGGUCAGAAGACUGGGGGUACGCUAGAUCCUCUCCCUGGAGAAGAGCGCAAGGACGUGAAGUCGGAUGAUGAAGAUGAGGAUGAAGGGAAGACGUUUAGCAGAAGGAGGAAGAUGCAGUCAAAUGCUUGGCGAUACGAAGAAGAGGAGGUGGAUCCUCGUCUUGAACCCGAAGAGCUGGAGCCGGAGCCAGAUUAUGCACAUUUGCCAGCUCGCGAACUCAAUCUCGUCAACAGCGAAGAGGGGCCAUGCGUGCAUUCAGACGACGAUCAUGAGGACAUUCCGGGCCUGCCGAAAGCAAAGAGAAAACCGAAAGUGCUAUAUGUAAAACGUGAGGACUAUGCGGAGCUCCGGAGUAACAUAGACAAAGCCAAUGCUGCCAGAGCCUUCAAGGAGCGAUAUGGUGCGAAGCCUACACUUGCCAGGACGCGGGCCAAAACUACGGCAGACGGAUAUGAAAAAGGUGAAGGAGCGGAGGUGGAAGACAUCGAUGCAUUUUUGAAGGGCUUGGACGUUAACGAUGCAGAUAUGAAAACUGCUCGCAACAUGGCUUCAAAAGAACGUGGGUCUGUCCCAGCAGCGUUGAGUGGUGGUAAGGGCCCCGACGGUCAGGACAACAUGGAGAAAUGGCUGGAUGACAUGUUGGCAUGA